AUGUUGAUGAGGUGCAGCCAAGCUCGGCGAACAGGCGAAAUAGAAUUUAGUUCACCCGAGCUACGAGGUCCGAUUUUCAAUACUCCGAAACGACGAAUUCAAGAGAUCAAUUGGCGUCGAAAACAGGAGCAAACAACGGCCGGUCAGCGUCUGACAGAGUUAGAAGAAACUUGGGUCGGUCUUGUAGGCAAGAACUAUGAAAUCGAGCAAGCCAUUCUUGAACUGGAACGGAAUCUUGGUUUAGAUAGUGCUGUGCCACCAAGCACUUGA